CUUCGCCCUCACCCUUGGUCUGUCCGCGCUCACAGUUCAUUCACAUACGACGACGUAGAACACAACAUGGAACACGAAGUAGACAACUGGAUCUCACAGCUCAGCCAGUGUAAGCAACUUUCAGAGGCAGAUGUCAAAAAGCUUUGCGACAAGACGAGGGAGAUUUUGAUGGAGGAGUCCAACGUGCAGCCGGUGCGCUGCCCGGUCACGGUUUGUGGGGAUAUCCAUGGUCAAUUCCAUGACCUAUCAGAACUCUUCCGCAUCGGUGGCAACUCGCCCGACACGAACUAUCUCUUCAUGGGGGACUACGUCGACCGUGGUUAUUACUCCGUUGAGACCGUCACCCUUCUCGUUGCAAUGAAGCUCAGAUACCGCGAGCGUGUUACCAUCCUCCGAGGCAAUCACGAAUCCCGACAGAUCACGCAAGUCUAUGGGUUCUACGAUGAGUGUCUCCGGAAGUACGGAAACGCGAACGUAUGGCGGUAUUUCACCGAUCUCUUCGACUUCUUGCCCCUAACCGCUUUGAUUGAAAAUCAAAUAUUCUGCCUUCACGGUGGCCUCUCCCCUUCAAUUGAUACCCUCGACCAUGUACGGUCCAUCGACCGGGUGCAAGAAGUGCCUCACGAAGGACCCAUGUGUGAUCUUCUCUGGUCCGACCCCGACGACCGCUGCGGUUGGGGAAUAUCACCCCGUGGUGCUGGUUACACCUUCGGGCAAGAUAUUUCGGAGGCUUUCAACCACAACAAUGGGUUGACACUCGUUGCCCGUGCUCAUCAACUUGUCAUGGAAGGGUACAACUGGGGUCAGGACCGAAAUGUAGUCACGAUAUUCAGUGCACCGAAUUACUGCUACCGCUGUGGAAAUCAAGCCGCAAUCAUGGAGAUCGACGAAAAACUAUCUUACAGCUUCCUUCAAUUCGACCCCGCACCACGAGCGGGAGAGCCGCUGGUCACGCGGCGCGUACCGGACUAUUUCCUUUGAGACAUGCUUCUACAAAGAGCCGCCACCCCUUCAUCUUCACGCUACCCUCAUCCCGUACCCUCUCCACUUCUUCCGCUCGCACCCGCUUGGCCAGACCAAUGUCAGAUCUGCGUAUUGUACAUCCACUCGUACUCUCUUCGUCCUCAUCACCUCGCUCUCGACCGCUGGAACGCCUCUGGACGCUUCAUUCUUUGUCUCUAUACUUUUUUCUCUCUCUUUCUUUCACCUACUUCAUAUCUCCAUGUUGUAGCACAGCGAAUCCGAAGAUAAACCCCCAAGACAUAAAAUUAUGAACAUGCAUAGAUACAGGAAUAGGCAUAUGUGCAUGGCAUGGCAUCUCGACGAACGCUCUGGCAUGGUGUGUGGUUGGAUGGGUUUGGACUUAGUGCGAGUGGGUAGGUUUGUAUGUAGAAGAGAAGAAAUGAAAUAAAUGAUUGAC